AUGCUCUCGAAGAAGAGGAAAAGCAUCACUGGCAACAAGGUUGCCAAAUUCGGCAGCACUACUAUAAAACCAAGCAAAGCACGCCGAAUCAUCAGAAAAUUCCAUGUGCUAAUCAAUAAGAGAAAGAUUAUCUGCGAUGAGCUGGGCAUCACUCUGGACAGCAAUGACGAAAAAAAGAACCUUGCAGCAAUCGCAAGUCAAAUAACUGCCCUGGACAAAACGCAAUUCAAGAAGGGACUCGACAACACCGGCUUCCUCAAGUCUUCACAGUCGGACCUACCAUCACGUGACCUAAUGCUACAGAACUUGGGCUACAUUACCAGUCAAAUAACAACCGAAGGCGGACUGGCGACCUACCAAAUGGCGAGCCGUAACGGCCAAUCGACCGAUCGGGGUGGUGACUCGUCAAAAAAACUCGUCCAAUGGUUGCGAGAGCUAAGAACUGCCAAAAACUCCGGUCCAGCGCUCGAAAUUGGCUCGCUAAGUUGCGAAAACGCAAUAUCGAAGAGCGGCAUCUUCAACCCGGUAAUACGCAUUGAUCUCAACAACGCAAACGACACGCGGGGCAUAACCAAACAAGAUUUCAUGCUGCGGCCACUGCCAAAGGAAGAAACUGACACCUUCGCCCUCGUUUCCUGCUCACUGGUGCUCAAUUUCGUGCCCACGCCGUCGGAACGGGGCGAAAUGAUAAAGCGACUGCCCCAGUUCAUCAAGCCAAACGGUUACUGCUUCCUCGUGCUGCCACUGCCAUGUAUGGAGAACUCAAGAUACAUCGAUAAGGAGCAUUUCACAAAAAUGAUGCAAAGUCAAGGGUUCGAACCCGUGCGGUGCCACGAUUCCCAAAAACUGUGUUAUUUCCUUUUCCGUCUGCGACACAAAGACGCAAGCGCGUGUGCUAAUGCGAAUAAAAAACAAGAUGCGGCGUUGCCAUUCGACAGCUUUUCCAAAGUAAAACUACAUGAUGGGCCCAACAGGAACAAUUUUUGUAUAGUUAUCGAACCGACCGACACCUCCACAUACUGA